GGGGCGGACACGGGGCCGGCGAGGAGCGGAGCGGAGGCCGGGGAGCGGCGCUCGGGAUGCGCCGGGAGCGGCGGGGAGGCUCCGAGGCGUGAUCCUCGCUCCAGACACUUUCCACCCAUCCUUGUCAGGAUCCUACCUGGAACCCAUGAACUUCACUGACAGAGCCUCACAAUGACAGAGGAAGCAUGCAGGACACGGAGCCAGAAACGAGCCCUAGAACGUGAGGUACCGCACAACGAUGUGGACAGCAAGAAACUGAAAAUGGACAAAGGACUGUUGGGGACAGAGAUCAAUGCUGAAGGCGACAUGAAAAUCAAAGCAGAUCCUGGAGCUGGCAAAGUGCAAGGCUUAUUAAAAGGUGGAGAGGUGAAAGCAACCAUUAAGGUGGAGGUGCAGACGGGAGAUGAGCCUGUGGACAUGAGUACCUCGAAAAGUGAACUAAAGAGAGAGAAGCGAGUGCCCUCCCCGGAUGUGAUAGUGUUAUCUGACAAUGAACCUUCCAGCCCUAGGAUGAAUGGGUUAACCAAAAUAGCAUUAAAAGAGACCAACACAGAGGCGCUCAUGAAAAGCAGCCCAGAGGAGCGGGAGAGGAUGAUUAAACAGCUAAAAGAAGAGUUACGGUUAGAAGAAGCAAAGCUUGUGCUAUUGAAAAAGCUACGGCAAAGUCAAAUCCAGAAGGAGACCACUAUCCAGAAGACCUCCUCUACACGGAUACCAGGCACUGUUAUUCCUCCUCCCUUGGUCCGUGGAGGGCAGCAGACUUCUUCCAAGCUAGGAACUCAGCAGAACACACAGAUAGUGAUGCCACCUCUUGUCAGAGGAGCACAGCAAAUCCACAACAUCCGACAGCACUCCAGCACGGGGCCACCUCCGCUGCUGCUGGCACCACGAGCAUCGGUCCCCAGCGUCCAGAUUCAGGGGCAGAGAAUCAUCCAGCAGGGACUGAUCCGCGUGGCCAACGUCCCCAACACCAGCCUGCUGGUCAACAUCCCGCAGGCUUCACCAACUUCAAUCAAAGGUACAUCGGUGACAUCCGCUCAGGCCAAUGUUACUCCAAGCAGCGCCGCUUCCAUGGGGAAUGCUGGGGAGUCUCCAGCCAGCCGGCAGGCUGCUGCCAAGCUCGCCUUGCGGAAGCAGCUGGAGAAGACGCUCUUGGAGAUCCCUCCUCCCAAACCUCCUGCACCCGAGAUGAACUUCCUGCCCAGUGCAGCCAAUAACGAAUUCAUUUACUUAGUGGGCUUGGAAGAAGUUGUGCAGAAUCUGCUGGAAACCCAAGGUAAAGUUUCAGUGGCUGUAUCAUCUCGUGAGCCCUACAUGUGUGCCCAGUGUAAGACUGACUUCACCUGCCGCUGGAGGGAGGAGAAGAACGGCAUCAUUAUGUGUGAAACCUGCAUGACAUCCAACCAGAAAAAGGCCUUGAAAGCUGAGCACACGAACCGACUGAAAGCUGCCUUUGUAAAAGCACUGCAGCAGGAGCAGGAGAUCGAGCAGAGGAUACUGCAGCAGACAGCUCCUGUACAGACCAAGUCAGACCCUAUAGUGCAGCAUCACUCACUCAAGCAGACUUCUAGCCAGAUGUCUCGAGGUCCUGGAGCUCCCCGGGGAGUGUUGCAUGCAUUUAGCCAGUCACCCAAGUUGCAGAAUGCAUCGUCUGCAGCAGCACUUGGGAGUAGGCCAGGUAAGCAUGCUGAGAGACCUGUCAGCAAGGGCAGCGCUGCCGCCUGGAAGAAGACUCCCAUCAAUACAGGUGGGGCUUUACCUUUCGUUAACCCUAGUUUAGCUGUGCACAAGUCCUCCUCAGCAGUAGACCGCCAGCGUGAAUAUCUCCUGGAUAUGAUUCCCCCACGAUCCAUCCCACAGUCCGCCACGUGGAAAUAAUGCGGAGGAAUGCCCAAGAGGAAGACUUUCCUGUUUCUGCCAUCCUUUUUAUACCACAUUACAGUGGAAUCUGCUUUAAUCCCAGCUGGAUAUGCCCCAGGCUUUAUAGGAUGCAAGAAGACCACUCCUCAUCCCAUCGAGUGCUGCUGUCCCUGCAAUGAGAAGACAACACCAUGUGGGUGGGAAAGACUUGAGCUCAUUUGGUUCUCAGAUUCUUAGCAUUGACUGAUGAUGAAGGCUGUCAGGGAAGGGGAAGAAUUCUCUCUCUCAGUUUUUUUGGCUUUCUGUCUUUAGUUUGGAUUCCUUUGUCACCAGCACAAAAGGAGGACUCGAAGACUCUCUGCCUUUGGUUUCUUUAUUCAUACCCAGCCAGUCACCAGGAACACGGUGUUGGAGGAUCUCAGCUCAAGGAGAGAGGAAUCUCAACCUCGUCUUGCAGAUGCAUUUAGUUCAUGUUUGCUUUUCUUCCCUGCCCCUCUCCAGCCAGGAAGGCAGUCGACAGAUUAUAAUGUUUCCAAAUCUACUGGUGAUGAGCUAAUGCUAAAUAAGCGCAAACUCCAAUCCCAGUCGAGUAUGGUUUUGGGUUGGUUUUUCUUUUCCUAAGGGACUGGCUGCCCCCAAAACAUGGGAGGUCAGUGGGAAGCAGUGCAGGAGUCUCUCACUUUUGUUGCAUUCUGUUUGGAACAGACUUUUUGAACUGUUGGUAGUCUAAAAAUCUAAUGUCCUCAAUAGACAAACACCUUUUGUUCAGUCUUUCUAAUUCAGCGACGAGCAGUUGGGCCUUUCAGAUGCUCCCAGAGACUUCAGAGCGGGACUGUUUGGGGUUAUGUUCUUUCUGGAAGGUUAUUUUUUGUUGUUGUUGUUUAUUGUUUUGAGCAAUCUUUAAAAAAAAAGGGGGGGGGGAAGAAAAAAUAAGUCAAAAAAAUAAAGAAUAGGAAUUCCAGAAGCUGCAAUCAGCCAGAGCGGGGGGGGGGG